AUGGCAUCUAUAGGAUCACUUCCUUCUAUCCUUGAAACCAAAAGGGAAAGUUUCAUCCUUCUCCACGGCAGAAGCCAACAGCGGCCCAGAUUCCCCUUUUUGUGGUAUAGACCACAAAGGGCUUUUAGUUUUGCUGUUUCUAAUGGUGGGUUUUCUUUGAGAUUUAAGCCUGUGAGAGCUACUGCUAAGGAAGGUGUUAAUGAUGAUGGAUCAGAUGAUCCACUUCAGGCUACGAUUGAAAAGAGCAAGAAAGUCCUUGCUUUGCAAAGGGACCUACUUCAGCAGAUUUCUGAAAGAAGGAAACUAGUUUCUUCUAUAAGUAGCAGCAGUUUUGACCAAGAAAUAGAUAGAACUUCUUAUGACCAGAGGGAGAGCUCUUUGCAACCAGAUAAUGCUUCAACUAGUAGAAAAAAUAUACUUGAACAACAAAAUGGAAAUGGUGGCAUUGUUCCAAGUAGCUACGUUGAUUCAACUGCAGAUGAGCUACCAGAAACUGCAUCUUCAGCUGUUAGUAGAAGUUAUUUUAAAGGGGAAGAGGAAUUUGAACAACCUAAAUCUCCUAAAACAGAUUCCUCUGUUAAGAACUCUACCAAACAGCCAAAAGAUGCGAGUUCUGAGAAAUCUUUUCUCACAAACACCUUAGAAGUUUCCGUUAUAAAUGAUGAAAAGACUGAAGGUUCAAAUGAAUCCGCUUCACCUGAGGUUAAUAAUGUUGGAAGUGAUUCUAUGACUGAACAUGCAAAACCCCCACCUUUGGCUGGUGCCAAUGUCAUGAAUGUUAUUUUGGUUGCUGCAGAAUGUGCUCCAUGGUCUAAAACAGGUGGCCUUGGAGAUGUUGCUGGGUCUUUACCUAAGGCUUUAGCUAGGCGUGGACAUCGAGUUAUGGUUGUUGCACCUCGGUAUGGUAACUAUGCUGAGCCUCAGCUUGUUGGAGUUCAAAAGAGGUAUAAGGUGGAUGGGCAGGAUCAUGAAGUUUCAUAUUUCCAUGCGUUCAUUGAUGGUGUUGAUUUCGUAUUCAUCGAAUGUUCAAUGUUUCGUCACAUGGAGGGUAACAUAUAUGGUGGAAACAGAUUGGACAUUUUAAAGCGCAUGAUAUUAUUUUGCAAAGCAGCUGCUGAGGUUCCUUGGCAUGUCCCAUGUGGUGGAAUCUGCUAUGGGGAUGGAAAUUUGGUUUUCAUUGCGAAUGAUUGGCAUACAGCAUUGUUACCAGUGUAUCUAAAGGCAUAUUACCGGGACAAUGGUUUAAUGCAAUUUACACGAUCUAUUCUUGUAAUUCAUAACAUUGCUCACCAGGGACGGGGUCCAGUGGAUGAUUUCUCUUAUGUGGAUCUACCAGAGCACUAUAUUGACAUGUUCAAAUUGUAUGACCCAGUUGGUGGUGAUCACUUCAAUAUCUUUGCAGCUGGGCUUAAGACAGCUGAUCGUGUGGUUACUGUUAGUCAUGGAUAUGCCUGGGAGCUGAAAACGUCCGAAGGUGGUUGGGGUCUACACAGUAUUAUAAAUGAGAAUGACUGGAAAUUGAGGGGCAUUGUUAACGGAAUUGAUACGAAAGAAUGGAACCCAGUGCUUGAUGUCCACCUGACUUCAGAUGGUUAUACUAACUACUCUCUGGAAACACUUGAAACUGGAAAGCCUCAAUGCAAAGCAGCCUUACAAAAGGAGCUUGGCUUGCCCAUCCGUCCAGAUGUUCCUGUUAUUGGGUUCAUUGGAAGGCUGGAUCAUCAGAAAGGCGUUGAUCUCAUAGCUGAGGCAAUUCCAUGGAUGAUGGAUCAGGAUGUGCAACUAGUCAUGUUGGGCACUGGCAGAAAAGACUUGGAACAAAUGCUUAAGCAAUUUGAGAGCCACUAUAAUGAUAAGGUGCGGGGAUGGGUUGGUUUUUCCGUGAAAACAGCUCACAGGAUAACAGCUGGUGUGGAUAUCUUGCUCAUGCCUUCAAGAUUUGAACCUUGUGGGCUGAACCAGUUAUAUGCUAUGAUGUAUGGGACAGUUCCUGUUGUGCAUGCUGUUGGUGGACUGAGAGACACAGUACAACCUUUCGAUCCAUUUAAUGAGUCAGGGUUUGGGUGGACAUUCGAUAGUGCUGAAGGAAGUAAAUUGAUACAUGCAUUGGGGAACUGCUUGUUUACAUACCGAGAAUACAAGGAAAGCUGGAAAGGACUGCAGAGACGAGGUAUGAUGCAAGACCUCAGCUGGGACCAUGCUGCUGAGAUAUAUGAGGAGGUCUUAAUUGCUGCCAAGUACCAGUGGUAAGUGCAGAUGCUUUUCCACUAUUCUGCCCUUUUCACUAUCUGCAUCAGCUUGAUGCGAUAUCCAAUAGGCCCAAAUUCUAUUGGAGAGUGGACCUUCACGAUUUCUGGAUAAAUAUUGUUGAAAAAUAGUUUGUACCAUGUUGCACUCUGGGGGUUAGGCAAGGAGGCAAUCGUUUCCAUUGCUAGAAUUAAGCAGACUAGUUGACCUUUUGGCAUAUAUCAUAUAGCUCAGAUGUAAUCUACUCGCAGUCAUUCAGAAAUUGUAAUCCUUUCUAGUUUUGGCAAACACUUUGGUCCUCGUACUCUCUUUUAUCUGAAACUCUGUUUUUUGUCUUGAACCUUACAUAUGUAGUUAAGGUAGUACCUGAAGCAGUUAGUAACUUGGCAAAUAUUGAAUCAGGCAUAACCUGAAGCAGCUUUACCAUGUACAUUCAAAAGGCAUACACGUUUUUUAUUUUGAAUCAUAAAUCAGGUGAGCAUUAGUAUGA